CUAUUAAAGUGACGUCACUGUCAUGGCGGCUUCAGGAUACGAGACGAUGAAGGUUGGGUAGAAAAGUUUGCUGUGUCUUGUUUUGGAGUACUUUACCACGAUAUUACAACCCAACAUGACACAUUCCUAAGAUGUCCCCCUAACAACCAACACUAUGGGUUAGAGAGAGAACCAACACCACCAGUAUCCAUGACAACGUCUAAAGCAGAAUUGUUGUUCUGUUUGAUUUAUACAAAGUUUUAAAUUCUCCAUCACAAUGGAUGGGAAUCCCCAGGCACUCAAGGAUGUCAUGGGAAACAUUCAGUCCCAGCUGGAGAUGGGGCUCCGAAUGGGGAACGCAAAUGCUCAAAAAGCUGCUAUAGCUAACCUCAAGAGAAGAGACCAGACUCUGAGGAUCAAACUAGAAUAUAAUGGAGAGAAAAGGAGUAUUUACAUGACACGUCCGGUGACAUAUGACAGCCUCCGAUGUAAGGUGCGGGAGAUGCACAGCAUGGACAUGAAUAUGUUCUUUACACAGGCCAAUGGGGAGAUGCGAGUGCCAAUCCAGAAACAGACGGACCUCGAGACUGCCAUCAACCUGGUGGACCAGAACAAUAAGAUCACCAGUCUCCGAAUCUUCCUUACCAUGCCCGCAUCCUCAGAUAACCGUGACACUGUGUCUUCCAGGCACGGCCCGCCCUCAGUUGCUGACAGUGCCUACGGAUCACAGUCAUAUCGAGAGUCUCCUAGUCCACCGCCGGGGUCUUUACCUCAUAACUAUAACCACAGUGUCUCGUGUGGAUCUAUCCACAGUGAAGGCGAGUUUAUUCCCGAGGACGAGUCUAUCGGCGUGUAUAACAGCCCCGAAGGUUCCCUCACUCACUCAGAUAGUCAUACGUCACUAGACAGUAGUUACCUGUCUAGUCACGGCGAUACGUAUCCGUUCAGGAUGCGUUCACAUUCCAGACGAAGUAUUUCAUCUGAUUCAUUUAAAGAUGACCGUGUGUCUGACUAUAAACAAGUCAAGUCUGGGACAUUUCCUCGAGGAUUUGAUGUUUCACAUGCUCCUGACCUUGAUGGCAGGAUGACUUUUCCAAGGUCAGGGAAUAUGUCGGGUCGGCGGCCGGACAUUGGUUCCAGCAAUUUUCAGAGUCGGUCCACAAUUUCCCGGGGGAGUGAAGGAACACUUAGCACAAGUAGCAGUAGUAGUGGCCUUCCCCCUGAUCCUGACAUGGACUCUCCCGAGGGGAGACUCAAGAGGGGAAAUGACUUGGAUAGUCCCAUUUAUAAUUAUUCAGAUUUAUCAUUUUCUAAGUCUCCACGAGCACCAAGUAACUGGAAGAAAGGUCAUCGAUUAGGGUCGGGAUCCUUUGGUGAGGUGUUCGUGUGUUAUGACAAAGACUCUGGUCGAGAAUUAGCUGUCAAACAAGUCAACUUAACUCAGAUGAAUGCUGAGACAUCCAAGGAGGUGCGAGCAUUGGAGAAUGAGAUCCAGUUAUUACGCAAUUUUCAGCACGAGCGAAUUGUAUCAUACUUUGGCUGUCACCAAGAUCAUAAUCUUCUUUCCAUUUUCAUGGAAUACAUGCCUGGAGGUUCAAUCAAAGAUGAGCUGACGAAAUACGGCCCGUUAAUGGAGAAUGUGACGCGGAAGUAUACACGUCAGAUGCUGGAGGGGUUAGCCUUCCUUCAUAAAAAUGUCAUUGUUCAUAGAGAUAUCAAAGCUGCCAAUGUAUUACGAGAUUUACAAGGAAAUAUCAAACUAGCGGACUUUGGGGCCAGUAAGCGGCUCCACACCAUUUGUAGUGCUACCGGUUUUAAGUCAUUUGUGGGAACACCCCACUAUAUGGCUCCUGAAGUAAUCAACGGAGAAGGAUACGGCCGCAAGGCUGAUGUGUGGAGUCUGGGUUGUACUGUGGUAGAAAUGAUAUCAGGAAAACCCCCAUGGUCGGAGCUAGAGUCUAUGGCAGCCAUUUAUAAAAUCGCCACCGCAGAGCGACCAGAAUUUGAACUUCCUCAAAGAUCAUCAGAAUUUAGUCGCGAAUUUUUACGUUUGACUUUUAGACGAAAUCCACUUGAAAGACCAAGUUCGGAAGACUUGUUACGGCAUCGCUUCACGGCUGGCUGAUGAUGAUCGUCGCAGUAGUUCAGCACUGUCUAUCAGGGGCAGGUAACUCCCUCCAGAAUACCGGUACAUGCCUUAAUAUCACCCGCUUCAGCACAUCUCUCUAACAGCUGAGUUGUGGUUGUUUCGACUACGUGGAUUGGUAGUUUUGACAGAGUCUCAGCGUCCUUGUGAUGUGUGGUUACAAUAGAACCACAAACUACUGGAAAUGAAUGCCAUGCCCAUCAAAGUCUUUCAUUUGUUCAAAGAAAAAAGAGCAUCAUUUCCAGUUGUGUGCAGAUGGAUCACAUGCCUAAAAAGGAAUCACAUCUCCUAAGUGGGCCUGUCAGUUUAGCCUUACUUCAAGACCUGAGAGAAUAGAACAAAAAAUAAUUGGAAAUCUUAGCGGAAUUCGGAUUAUGUACGGCAUUUUAUUUUGUGCUCACCUUAGAUAUUGUAUGAAAUCUGGAAUUUUGAAGUUUGUCAAAAGGAAUGUAAAUGCAGAUGUAGACACCGUCAGGUCUGAGUGAAAGGAUUAAUAAUAAGAUUUCAUCAUGGUGAGGAAACCAGAGGAAAUUCAAGGGAAUAUAUACAGGCUCUUUAAGGCACUGUUUGACAUUGUGCUGGUUCAUAAGGCACUGAAGAUAUUGUGAGCUCUGACCUAUAUGACCUUGGUGUGACCUUCACACGACCUUGUCUCAGAAAGACACUAGGGUUAAAAGGGUACACAACUCCUGUGGGGUGAGAGACAGAUUGCUGCAGUCGUACACUAAGAGUAUUUAAACAUCUUAUUGUCCCAGUGUUUAAAGGAAGAUUUACAUUAUGAUAUGUAAAACUGCAGUCACAUGACCCCAAAAUAUAGAUACUUUAUAUCAGAAACCUAAAAGUUCAUUCCAACAAAAAGGAAAAGUGUUUUCAUAAUUUCAACUUUCUUGAGGAACCAUUACAGUAUAGAACCAUUGUGAAACAAGUUAUAUCAACUGAUUUGUGAAUUAGUAACUCUUCUUGGCACAUAUGAAAGCAGGCAAAUAGCGUUACAGUGUGGUAAAAAUACUGACCACUUACUUUAACGGCAUUCUGUAUCAUGUGACCAUAUCCACCGGAUCGGUGACAUGCUGCACUAUCAUUGCUGACACUGAAUUUACCAACACACUGUCAUAUCUGACACAUCGAUCCGUUCCCUACAGUGUUGUCGGCAAAGUCAGGUUUACUGUACCAGGAGUUAGUUAAAUAUAUUUUAUACUUUCAUCACACACAACCAAUAGUGAUAUUAUGAUGAUCUAAAACAAAUCUGUUUCCUAUUUCUUUAAUAUAGUAUCCAAAAAAAAAAAUCUGCAAAAUUGAUUAAAUUCUUUGAAUUAAAGCUUGCCCUGAGAAGCCUAAGUAAAUGUCAAAAAAAAAACUAUUUGAUAAUUGACAUCAAUAUCAAAUGUUAGCAUUGAAAAGCCCAUAAUAUGAAAUCAAGAAAUGAUCGUCAACUUAAGAUUUUCUGAUGUAAAAACGGUACAUUUGAUAUUAGCAGUCAGAGCCUGAAUUGGAAGAUUUUGGUGUCAAUCCUGAUGUAGAAGUAUAUGUUUGGGUCAUGUUGAUUUAAAGUUUGCAGUAUUAAAUUAUUCCUACUAGUAUUACAUUAAGAUGGUAUUAACUUGGACGCUCACAAAUACAGUAGGGUCAGCUGUCACAGGUGUUAAUGUGGACAGUGGUCAAGCUAUCUCAUAUUUACAGGUAAAAAUCAAACUGACAGAUUAUGUAUUUUUCAUGUAAUUCAGUUACUAAGCGUUUUGAUGGUUAGGAACCAACAUUUUACAUGUCAUGUAUGUUAUAGACACACAUAUAUUUAACAUUUUUGAAGUUGAUGUAAUGAUGUCAGAAAGUUAUUAUUUUAAAACCAGGAUAUAUUAUAUGAUUAGAUACAUAUUAACUGAUGAAAGUCUCUGUUGAUUUCCAGGUUAAUUAUCAAAGCUCGUGUAAAUUUCCAGCUUAAUUAUCAAAGCUCGUGUAAAAGUCUCCCUUGGAAAUAUUGUUAAAUAUGGAUUAACUUGAAUAUAUUCUUAUGUCAUUUAGCUAAAACACAAAAAAUGGAGUGUAGUCUAAAUAGACCGUGUAGCGAUUUAUGUUGAGAACACACACCUGGUUUUUUGUGUUGAAUCUCCAUAAAACAAAAAAAUAUCUCCCAGUUAAUCCAUAUAACUUAAUCUACUUAGCACAUUGCUAUAUCAUCAAUUCAAAAGUGACAUAACAAACAAUUACUUAAGCAUUUAUGUUAAUGGAACUCAUUUUCAACAUUAAGUUUCUAUAAAUGACUUAAGCAUUUAUGUUACUGUAAUGGAACUCAUUUUCAACAUUAAGUUUCUAUGAAUGUCUUAAAGGAAUGAUCAUGUCCAAAAAAUAAAAACCAUAGAAAUUUCCUUUGUACAUAACGUGAACAAACAAAUAUUGGUCAAGAUACCUAGAAGCUAUAAUAAUUAUUUUGCUAGUUGAAUUUUUUUUUAAAGAUUUCAUUUUAUAAGUUCAUCUGAGUAAUGUAGUAGUUAUGAGUUUAAAGAAGUUUGGUACAUGUUGCAUAUAUUAAUAUAGAAUUAUGUAUUAACAGAAUUAGGAUCAUGACAGUAUGAUCUGUAUGUUUUGUUUUUGCUUCUAAAUACAAUUUGAAAUAAAGUUUGACGUAACUUGGACUCAUUAUUUCCCUGUAGACAGCUGGCAAGUUUUAAUUUUGAGCGUCCAGUUUCUUGAGUAUGAUGUAAAAAUGUGAUAAAAAAUAUUCAUGAAUAUGUGAGUAUGUAUGUGUCGAAUCAUUGACUGGUGAUGUGAUAAGGAGAAAAUCAGUCGUCAUAGCUACAGGCUUGUAUAUAUAUCUGUUAAUUGUACAGAGAUGUAUGUCGUCAUCAUCGUCGACAGUUAUAUCUAUUGAUAACACUGUUGUGAUAUUAUUAAUUAUAUAUAUACAUGAUUAUAUACAUACACAAUAUAUAUAUACAUAUUAUACCUUUAGAAGUAUACAAACGAACAUGUACAUUAAUUAUUUAAUGUACUUUGACCAUAUGAAAUCUUCUGUGUUUUGUUUUGUAACUAAAAAUCCCCAAACCGAUCAUAAGAUCGAUCGCACCAAACCAUAGCGAGUUGACAUUGAUCAAAGUUCCCCAUGACAUGCCCUAAUGUGUCAUAUGUGUGUGUGUCGUUCAAAGUUUAUGAGGUUCACAAAGUGAUGAUUGCAUGAGUAUUUAUGAUAUAGUGCUAAGAUUAAAAUUAUAAUGUAGGCUGUGUAUGUUUUUGAAUUUCAUUUUUAUUGAAAAAUAGAUUUUAUUUGGACACAACCUUUUCACAAGAAAAAUACUUCAAUCUAUUGUAUGUGAUCAUAUGUGGGCACCAUUCUUUGUGAUGUUUUGGCCAAACAUUUACACUUUUAUAGAAAUUUAUGUAGGUUAAAGAGAAACCUUGUUAUACUGUCGCCAUUUGGUCAACGGAGAUUUAGUUUUUUUUUUUAGUUUGUCAAUGAACGGAUCAUGAGGCCAUCAAACAUGAUAUAUAUAGCGGGAAAUCAAACAUUUAAAAAAUAUUGUUUUGGUUUCAUUCUGAUUUUUAGACACAUGUAUGGCAUCUAGUUGUUAUUUGAACAAGAGAACUAUUCUGAAUUUAUUGUAUUUGAUAAAAUUUUAUGUCCCCCCUUUUUACCUGAAAAUUUCAAUAUAUUAUAAAUGAUAAAAUAUGAAAUAUUAAUAAGUGAAUUUAUGGCCUUAUUAAUGCCAUUAAUUUUGUAUUCCCAUUUUUGAAUGAAACUGAUCAUCAAAUAAUGAGCUUGUUUUGGUUACUUAGGGAGUGAAUUGAUUCCCUUAUCCCUGUCCUGUUUUACCCUCCACAGGGUACAAUGAACCAUCAACAUGGCCUUAAAUCUAAUUGAUGUCUUAAUAGGUAUUAGAAUAUUGGGAAGAGUUAGCAGGUCAUUUGAGGGUAUAUCAAGGUAUUACUAUUGUCACUGGGUUUUUUUUCUUUUCACAUGUACUAAAUUUUAUUUUAGAAUUUUUUUUUCUAUAUUUCAACUACAUUCUCAUUGAAGUGCAAACAAAGUGCCUCUGUUUUCAGAUUUAAGGUUGAUAUUUUCACCAAUAGUUAAGAAUAAAUAAAUUGUGUAUGUGUGAAAGAAAGUUUUUUGUAGAAUUAAUUUUAGUGAAAUUGAUAUAACAGAAAUACUGUGGUUAAGUAUUUAUUAUCUUACUGUUAAUUUCCGUUCAGAUAAAUACAGUAAGAAUUAUCUUACCAGUACUUUCCGUUCACAUAUAUGCAGUAAAAAUUAUCUUACUGGUAAAUUCAGUUAUGAUAAAUACAUAAGUAAUGGUCAGUCAUUGUUAUUCAAAUUUCUGUUAAUCUUUGUUAGAUAGUUUUAGGUGUCUUAAAAUGUAUAGAAUGACAUACAAGGUAUUUGUUUCCCAAGUUUUGCUUAAGUAUUUUAAAGUACUGAAUUGUUAUCUCUAUGUACAUGUGUUCAGAUACAAGUUUAAAAUACUGUCAAACCUAAACAGAAUUUCAGUUUUAGUUUGUUAUGAAUUCUUUCUCGACUUGUAAUUUUAAUUGGAGAUUUUUAACCAUGUGCUUGUUCAUUUACCCACGUCUUCCUAACUGACAUCCCAAAACAUCAGCUAGGAGAUACAGGCCAAACCUGUACUAGGAGCCAGUCACAGACUGCUGUGUGAUAACUCACCCUGCCAUUUUUGUGUGUAUGAUACGUUUAUACAUUAAUGAUGCUGAAUUAUACAGGGAUAGAAACAUGGACUUCAUUACAGCUGUGGAUACUUCAGUGUUGUUUUUACACUUUUAUAUGAAUAAUUAUAUUAUUCACAUUGUUCUAUUAAUACUUUGUUGUUCUUGAUAGCCUCUACUCCAAAUUAUUCUGUUUUAUCAACAUUUUAUAUCGGUCUGCGUCGGUUUCUUGAUGCCAGAUCAAUAUUAAAAAAAACAAUGAAACAUCAGAAUGAUUCAGACCAAAUCACCUCAUUAGCAUAUUUAGGUAAGUUUUUCAAGAAGUUUACCCCUGGGGUAGAUAAAUUUUUAUUGGGCAUAUUUUCAGGACUUGAAAUCACUGAAGAUAUAUUACUUAAAUUAAGUUUCAGGAUUUUGAAUAAUAAUGAUUCAAAGACAUUUAUGAUUUUAAAUUAUAAUGAAAAUUGUAUUAAAAAGAAUUAUUAAGAUAUGUUUUAGAAUCAGACUAUUAGAAAAUAUAAAGGAUUGAAGAAACUUUUAUUGAAUAGUGAAGAAAAUGUUUCCCUAGCAUCCAAUUGCUAUAUGGCUUUCUUACAGUGAACUCUAGUAAUUUACCUAAUAAAGUUUACACAGAAUUUCUCAUUUUCACAUGAUGUGAUUAGGUACCAGAUGCCAGUAUAGAUUUCUGUAGUUUCAUUAUACAUAAGUAUUUAUUGUUAAUUUGUCAGAAAUAUGCAGUGUAGUGUUCAUGAGUUUAUGUUGGUGUUACACUUGAAAUAAUGGCCAAAAUACCACUGCCCCUAGAUUUUUAAGAUAUAGUGCCACACAAAUUCUUUGUAGUAAUUUUAUCUCCCCGUCUGUACAUUAACACAAAAUUAUUAAUUAGUUCAAUCUGCUUUGUGAUGUCAAUGAGCUAACUGGCUUUGUGUAAAAUUAAAAUACAAUGUACACAUACUAUUAUUGAUGAAAGUUUUGUAAAAUAUGAGAUUUGAAAUGUAGUUAUCACCAGUAACGUGCACUCAUACUUCCAAAUACCAGCAGUAAAUACGAUGUGAAUAGCCUUCUUUCUUUAUAGCUAUGAUUGACAUUCUGAUAACAGAAUGGAGAACCACUUGUUCUCUACUUCAUCACAUAUACACACAAUAUCUCAUCAAAGGUGAGCAUUUGACGUAAAUUUCAUAUUUUGGAGAUAUGAGCCACACAAACAUACUUUCUCUAUAGAACUAAGACUCCAGCCAAACUAUGAAAUACAGACCUGCCAACUACUACUAUUUUAUAGUAAUCUUUACUAUUUUGUGGUGGUCGUUACUCUUUUUUCUCUCGAAAUAGUAGCAAAUUACUCUUUUUGAUGCAAUAGAUUUGGCAAGAAUUGUUAAGAAUUACUCUUUUUUUGCU